AUGCCCUGUCACACCCGCCAGCAAGGCAGACAAGAGGCCACGGGCGAGAAGCCAGCAGGCAAGCAAGGCGGCAAUGGGAAAGGGAAAGCAAAGCCGAAGUCAUCUGCUGCAUCCAAGCACAACAAGGAGCAGGAGAAGAAGGCCAAGGAGCUGCUUUGCAUGCUUGAGCGCAGCCAGCAGAUCGUGGACCGUGUGGUAGGGGAAGCAGACCGCUUCCCAUCGGAGUGGACAUGGUGCAAGCCCUUGCUGCAGGAGUUCCGAUGCAAACAGGAGGAGUUCCAGAAAACCCUCAAUCCGGCCGGAGCCGAGGACCUUACCGAGUUCAUCAACGAAUUCCGCCUCUCCAUCAUUACCCCCGCAGCCCUCAAGGACUUGAAGAAGAACCACAAGGACAACUACUUUCAGCUCCUGUCGGUUUUCAUUGACCGGUGCAACAGCAUCUGCGAGCAGAUGAACCACACCGCCAGCAAGAUCGACAAUAUGGCCAAGGCUAUGAUGACGGCUUCAGCAGGCUCUGUGGCCGGAACCCCGAAACCCAAGAAGAAGACUAGGAAGGCCACCGGCCUCGUGAAGCAGUAG